AUAUAAUUGAAGCAAGAAGAAAAGUCACAACUUCCUACUCCCCUCCUUCCAAUACUAAACCUUUUUGUGAAAUUCUUGAAAUAUAUAUACGCACACUUGUGUGUUUAUAAUAUAGCUUCAAUACUCCGCCUCUAAACUUUCAAAUCAUCAUUCAUAAAAGUCAUCCUCCCAAAUUCUUCUUAUUGACAAAGGUUUUAGAUGUGUAGUGAUUCAAAGAAUAAACACAGCUCUUCUGAUUUGGAGAUGGAGGCUGAAUUUCAUGUGGGAAGGCUCAAUAAUUGCUCGAAACUUCUCGAAUUUGCGGCCACGGACGAUGUGGCUGGCUUUGUGCACGAGGUCGAGCAGAGAGGCCGUGGCGUUGAUGAAGUGAGUUCGUGGUAUGGGAGAAGCUUCGGGUCGAAGAAGAUGGGGUAUGAGGAGAGAACCCCUAUCAUGAUUGCUGCUUUGUAUGGAAACACCGAGGUUUUGAGGUAUAUAAUCGCAACUGGGCAAGUUGAUGUGAAUCGGGCGUGUGGCUCGGAUGGUGCCACGGCCCUCCACUGCGCUGCUGCUGGUGGCUCGUGGUCCUCUGCGGAGGUUGUUGAGUUGUUGAUGGCUGCCUCUGCUGACACGAGCAUCGUGGAUGUCUCGGGGAGGAAGCCCGGUGAUCUCAUUGCUCCGUGUGUGAGAUCCUCGGCUAGUCCGAGAAGGAAGCAGUUGGAGAUGAUGCUUAACGGGGUGACCAGCGUGGGGGAGGAAGAGGGGAGCAAGAAGCAGCCGUUGGCUGCGAGUGAGAACAGGGAGUAUCCGAUGGAUAUACCGUUACCGGAUAUAAACACGGGUGUUUAUGGGAGUGAUGAGUUUAGGAUGUAUAGCUUUAAGGUGAAGCCUUGCUCGAGGGCGUACUCUCACGACUGGACCGAGUGCCCGUUCGUCCACCCUGGGGAGAACGCGAGGAGGCGUGACCCGAGGACGUAUCACUACACGUGCGUGCCCUGCCCCGAAUUCAAGAAGGGGAGCUGUGGGAAGGGCGAUGGGUGCGAGUACGCUCAUGGUGUUUUCGAGUCGUGGCUGCAUCCGGCCCAGUACAGGACUCGCCUUUGCAAGGACGAGACCGGCUGCUCGAGGAAGGUGUGCUUUUUCGCUCACAAGCCGGACGAGUUGCGCCCGUUGUAUGCCUCCACGGGCUCAGCCAUGCCGUCCCCAAAGUCUCUAUCUGCGUUGGAUAUGGCGACGACGUUGAGCCCCUUGUCGUCUUCGUUGAUGAUGCCUAAUAAUGCGUCGACACCACCAACGUCCCCUUCUGUUACCGGCUCGUCUCUGAAGGGUGGGAGCAUGUGGCCGAACAAGGUCAGCCUUGCUACGCCGCCUGCUCUGCAGCUGCCCGGGAGCAGGCUCAAGACAGCCUUGAACGCACGAGAGGUCGAUUUGGAUCUCGAGAUGCUCGGAUUGGAGAGGAUCCGGACCCAACAACGGCAGCAGCUGGCGGAGGAGAUGGCUAGCCUUUCGUCUCCGUACGCACGGAUGGCCGACCUGACGCCUACGAACCUCGACGACAUAUUCGGAUCUCUCGACCCGUCUAUGCUGUCGCAGCUGCAAGGACUCUCACCGAAGAUAAACAACACCACGAGCUCGCAGAUGCAGUCCCCGACGGGCCUUCAGAUGCGACAGAAUAUGAACCAACUCCGAGCAAGCUACCCGAUGAACGUCUCGUCCUCGCCAUCAGGGAAUCCCUCGCCGUAUGGGUUUGACUCCUCCGCUGCAGUAGCUGCCGCGGUAAUGAACUCACGGUCCACCGCCUUCACGAAGCGGAGCCAGAGCUUCAUUGACCGCAGCGGAGGCAGCGGUGGUGGUGGAUAUCGUUACGGGCCAACAGCCAAUUCCCCGGCCGGUCUCAAGCACUCGGAGUGGGGCGCUCCCGACGGCAAGCUAGAAUGGGGCUUCAAUGGUGAAGAAGUGAACAAGCUUAGGAAAUCGGCCUCGUUUGGUUUCCGAACUGGGGCGAACGCAGCCCCGGCUCAUUCAGAUGUGGGCGAGCCGGACGUGUCGUGGGUUAAUACGCUUGUGAAAGACGUCCCGGCUGGGGCAGCGGGGAUGUACAGCCCGACGAGGAGGCAGGGGAUGAUGUAUAGCCCGAAGCAGAGGCAGGGCGGAGGAGGCGGGCACGAGACGGAGACGACGACGACGACAGCGAUGCCGCAAUGGCUCGAGCAAAUGUACAUAGAGCAGGAGCAGAUAGUGGCUUGAGAGAAAAGGCUCUGGUGGCGGGAAAAUUGGUUUGGGAUUAUCUUUGAUUAGGGUUUGAUCAAAUUCUUUCUGAUUCUUACAUUUUUAACACCAUAUCUGUAGCUAUAGUUACUGAUGGCGAUAUCAAGAAACCAAUUUUUAGAUUGGGAAAUGAGAUUAUUUAGUUUUUUUUUUCUUUUUUUCUUUUUUCCUUUUUUUCUUUUUUUCUUUUUUUCAUAUGAAUAUAUAGGAGAUUAUUAGUUUCAUGUAAUUCUCGUAUUUAAAGUGAUGAAUGAACGUGAGGACUGAAUUUCUGUA